GGGAACAACACCAACGUACUGCUCACGGCAUCUGUCACUGGGAUACUGCUGGAUACAGUGUAGUUAAGAUCUUACAGACGGAGACUAUCAGGGAGGAUGAAUCGCUCCUGUGUGAACUGCCUGAAGUCUCUGGUGGUGGCGCUCCACUUCCUCUGCUGGCUGUGUGGUGCCUUCGUGGUGGCCUUUGGGGAGUUCCAGAUGGUGCACUCCAAGUUCGAGUCUCUCGUCACCACCUUCUGGCCCGUCUACCCGUCCAACACCCUGAUCGUCACUGGAACCAUCGUCACCUGUGUGUGUUAUGUGGGCGUGCUGGGAGGCAUGAGGGAGAACCGCUGCAUGCUCAUCAGUUUUUUUGUCCUGCUGUUCAUCCUGAUGCUGGUGGAGCUGGCCAUGGCCUGUGUGUUCCUGGUUUACAGCAGAGAGAUUGACACGUACUUUGAGAGAGAUCUGAUGCGAAGCUUGGAGAUCUACAGAAAUUCCGGUCCAGAAGGCAAUCAGACCAUUAAGGAUGACUUUGAUGCUGUUCAGCACCUGUUCAGGUGCUGUGGAGUUCAUGGCGAAUCAGACUGGAGGGGGAAUGUUCCAAUCUCCUGCUGCAUUAAGGACCCCUGUAACACCAUCAUCCGGCCCAACUGGGAAGAGGGUUGUCUUGUGAAACUGAGGGACUGGUUUGCCAGAAACUACCUCAGCACAGGGGCAGGAGUUGUCACAAUGUUUAUCAUGCAGUUUGUUUGCUUGUCUAUCACCAUCCCUGUCUUUUGCCACUUCAGUCGACAAGGAUUGGGUUACCAGUAAAAAAAAAAAAGAGGAAUUUACAGCUCUCUGUCAACUCUUCACAUGUAAAUGGGAUGCUUUUUCCUGUGUCAGAUUUGUAUUCAUCUGUUCUGAAUGAUCCAAGUCCUGCUGCCAUUUGCAGCCACUAAAAAGAGAACCAAGGGAGUAAAAUGUGAGGACGUCUUAUGAGACAAUCGCUAUUAAUGAUGUCAUGAGGCGACAGACCAUUGAAUUUGAUAUAAAGGCAUUUAAUUGGUAUAUAAGUUAUGACAUGAUUAGGUAAGAGCUAGUUCACAAAGACCCCCAAAAUAUGUUUCCCCAAAGAGUGUUAGACAAGAUUCUAUUAACCACUGUAGGACAUCUGCUGUUCCCAAUACACCAAGGGGAUUUUAUUUGUAACACUUGACCUCCUUCCCAGUAAUAAUUACAGCAUAAAUCCCCUCUUGUUUCCCAGUUUGCUGCUCUACCUGUUAUUAAAAUCCUGUCAGAUAUGUAUGUAUAUAUGUAUGUCCUUGUAUUUUUACAGUGAAUCUCAGAUUUUUUUUUUCCUGUCCUGCAUUUUAUCAGCUCAGUGUGACAUUUGAUAGUCUGAUGGAAGAAUGUUAACACCAGCUUGUAGGCCUAUCUAGGAACCAAUCUGACAGUGGAAAGAUAUAAAAACUGUAAGGGGAGCUGCAACCCUACUGGCUGUCGUAAAUUAGCUACAGCCAGGUGCUGCUAUGGUACUUCGAGCUCUGCUUUCACUUAAGGUUCAAUUAAACGAAUGCUGAAUUAGCCAGCAGCAGUUCUUUUUUGUAACAUAUCCAUGCUUGUACUGACAGCUAUCACUACAUUACUUUAAUGAUGAAGAAAACUAAAAACUGUCAGCAUUUUCAAGUCCUGAAGCAUGUUACUUUUUAUGAUUAUUGUCCUACUGAGUGUCUAUCACAGACCACAUCAUGUCCACUGUGUCAAAAUUUUUAAAAUCUUGUUCAUGUUGUUAAUCUUGUAUAAAAGGAGCUUUGGACAAACUAAAUUCAGUCAAAUUCUUCUGCUUUCUUAUUUUGGGGAUUUUGAGGUUUCAUUUGUUUUAUGCAGCUGGAAAUCACUUGUAAACUUGUGAGUACACUUUCACUAAGGGGAAAUAAAAUGGCAUAUAUGCUAAAUUAAA